AUGACUUUAAGUGAAUUAGAAGAAGAAGCUCGUAAACGUAAAGAACGUCUUACACAAUGGAAAUUAAAGAAACAAAAUCAAACAACUAAACGAAAAGAAUAUGAAGACGAUGAAAAUGAAAAUGAAAUCGAUAAUAAAGAUAAAGAUUUACAAGAAGAAACUAUUGAAUUUCCUAAACCAAUAUUUCGUAAUUAUAAACCAAAUGAUUCAACAAAUAUAUCAGGUGCUAUUAUUUUACCUAAACCAAAAUUAGUUGAUGUUAAAUUAAUGAUUGAAGAUCAAAUUAAAAAUCGAUCGAAUGAAAAUGAUAAUUCAAUUAGUGGUGUAACAGAAGAUGUUGAUUUAUUAUCAUUAGCACCACGAAAACCUGAUUGGGAUUUAAAACGUGAUGUUGAAAAAAAAUUAAAACGUUUAGAAAAACGAACAACACGAGCCAUUGCUGAAUUAACACGUGAACGUUUAUUAACAGAACAAAAACAAUCUCAAACAUCGUUAGCUGAAGUUGUUGCUACGACUUCAAAAUUAAAUGAAGCAACACAAGAUGAUGAUGAUUAA